UUUCGGGCGCCGCGCCGCGGGAAAGAGAGAGGGGUGAGGCCCCACCCAUUUCCCUCCCCAAUCCCACCGGUGGCGGGCCGCCCGCCGCCCCUCUCCGGCGACGAAUCCGGCGGCGGGUACUGCUCUCCGUCGAGCCAGGCGGAGGAGAGCGUGGUCGGCCGACGCUCGCGCGCGCGGGGAAGCCGGGCGCCUGCUCCCACCGCUGGCGGGCUGCCUGCCGCGCCUCCCCGGGGAGGAAUCGACGGGCGGGCGCGUCGACUCCGGCCAGCCUCUCCGUCGAUGCGGACGGCGGAAGAAGCAGCCCGAGCAGCGUGGAGCGGGAAUCGGUGUCAGCAAACGAGCACGCUUCUCUCAGGCCGUUCGUCGUAGAGGCAAUGGACGCGAUACACGAGAUGGAGGACGCCUACAAAAAUUCUGCAGCCAUUGCUGGGAACACCGCGACAAUGUUAGAAGCUGUCUCAAAGGCAGCCCUUUCAACUAGCGCUGCUCACUUGGUGCAGAUCGCGAGUCAAGUCGCAGGGAUAGCUGAUGAUUCGAUUGCUAGUAAGGUCAAGCUCGUCAAAGCUGCUCGUCGACUAUCUCGAAUAGAAGCUUCUGGAAGGGCUCAUGUCGUACGCGAGCUUAUACUUGAGUCCGCCGCACUUGCACGAGAAGCUGAGAAUGUAGGAAACCAGAUCCUUAGGUGCAGUGCCAUUGACUUGGGAAAUGCUGGGCGCUCUUUCCUACAACUCGCUGCUUUGCAGAACAUGGAUGGACUGGUGGAAGAGCAAGCCGACCAAGAUAAUGAGGAAGUCCCAGAGCAACCGACAACCUGGAUCUCUUCAUGGUGGUCCAAAAGGAAAAGAAUGAGAGAUAUUGAAUCUUUGGAGGCUCCUUUGCUAAAUCCAGCUGCCUCAAUGGUCAGGGACAAUACCUCUACCACUGUUCCACAGGGCCAAGGGAGGCUAUGUGACAAGUGGCUAGGCAUGCAGACAUGCGCCCUUGCAAUGUCUCUCAGUUUGCUCCCCUACAUGGGAAGAGAUGGCCUUUUUAAGGAUAAAACAAUUUUCUCAAGUAAUUAUCUGUGGCGGGUGGAUUUGCUAUUCAAGUUGUGGUGGGGCUUGGUAGCUCUUGGCGUGCCUUGCAGUUUGUAUGGCCGCGGUUGUAUGGCGCAGCAGUAUGCCCGUGUGUCCGGCCACUUGGCAAUACUUGGCCUGACUUUUCUUGUUGGCAUGUUCUCUCAUUGGAUACUGGAGAUCGAGGCGAUUGAGGCGGCAAUACUGUUGAAAUCUUUUCUUGGCCUUACAACCGCGGGUUUUAUUUGCUUGUUCAUAGCUUAUGAUUCUAUCCCUCGUGCGUACUUAUUUUCACUGUCUAUUCUGACUUGGUACAAGAUAAGUACUAACAACCUGCACACGUUUCUGACACAGUGCUGCGCAGCGGGUGACCUGUGAUGCUUCAGGAGCAAAGGAAUUUCGGGAGAAGAUUGACAGCAUUGGUGGUAUUUUGGAGAAGCAAAUUGUACAUUAGCAGGAUUCACAUUGCGCUACUAAAAGUGAACGUUCUUGUCGUUACAACUGUGGGUUUUACUUGCUUGUUCAUAGCUUGCUGCGUGGCGGGGCACCUGUGAUGCUACAACAGCAAAGAAUUUUUGGGGGAAGAUUGACAACAACGGUGGUGUUUUGGAGAAGCAAACUGUACAUUACUAGGAUUCACACUGCAGUGCAUGUGCUGCUCAUGAGGGCUACUAAAAGUGAGCGUGUGAUACACGCGGGCCGUUAAGCAGUAUUCAUCAUAGAUUUGGUACAUAUCGCCAUGGAAGGUUGUGUGAUGUGCAAUACCGUGACUGCAUAACUCUUUUUUUUUUUGACUUUAGCCCGUCUAACUUCGAUAGUCAACACUAGGUGAAUUGGUGCUCCACAGUGUUAAUAAAGCGCUAAUCCCCUUUUUAGAUGUUA